AUAUUCUGCAGCAUAUACAAACCAGCUCACGCGCCAUCUUUUAGCAAACAACCAGCUGAAGUGAAAUACACUUUAAAACCCCGCAAGGCAGUUUAUUUCUGUCUUAAACGUUGUUAUACCGAACAAUGAGUGACACUGAGAACGGAAACGGCAGGGCACGGGGGUCACGGUCCCCAUCUAAAUCAGAUCAUGGGAGUCCAGCUCGGGUCAAGUCGGAGAGCAGGUCCGGCUCCCCAAGCCCAUCCCGGGCAUCCAAACGCUCUGAGUCUAGAUCGCGCUCUUGGUCAAAGUCUAGGUCUCGUUCUCGGCGGCACUCACACCGCCGUUACAGCCGCUCACGCUCUCGGUCCUACUCCCACCGGAGGAAGUCCCGUUCUCGUUCCUACAGCCCUGAGUCCCGCCGCAGGAGGAGCCAGAGCAAUUCCCCUAUGUCAAACCGCCGCCGUCACACUGGCAGCAGGAGCCAUGGCUUCACAAAAGAAGUAAGCAGCCAUGGCGGUGAUACUGAUGUUAGGGCAAAUCCUGACCCCAGCACAUGUUUGGGGGUUUUUGGCUUGAGCCUGUACACCACAGAGCGUGACAUGAGGGAGGUGUUUUCGCGUUACGGUCCUCUGGCUGGGGUCAACGUGGUGUACGACCAGCGUACUGGUCGCUCCCGUGGCUUUGCUUUUGUAUAUUUCGAGAGACUGGAAGAUUCCAAAGAGGCAAUGGAGCGAGCUAACGGUAUGGAGCUGGACGGCAGGCGCAUUAGAGUGGAUUAUUCCAUCACCAAACGUGCACACACCCCCACACCAGGGAUCUACAUGGGCCGACCAACUCAUAAUGGAGGCGGUGGUGGCGGCAGCAGCAGCGGCGGUGGCGGCGGCGGUGGUGGUGGUGGUGGUGGUGGCGGCAGUCGGAGCAGCAGCUCGAGCAGGAGGGGAAGAGACUCCUACUCUGAUCGUGGCUAUGACCGUUAUGACAGAUAUGAUGAAUAUGAUUAUAGGUACAGUCGCAGACGCUCGCCAUCGCCCUACUACAGUCGAUACAGGUCUCGCUCACGGUCUCGUUCCUAUAGCCCACGACGAUACUAAGAUUCUAAGUCUUGAGCUUCCCUUCAGUACUUGGUGUGUGACACAUCAAGGCGUCUGUAUCAGCAGAAACUCUUUUAAGUUUGAGAUAGUUCUUGUUUACAUGCACUAGAUGAUGUCUUAAGUUUUUAGACGUGUUUGAUACAUCCACUUUGAAUGUGAGCAAAGAACUGUUGGAUUCAAUCUGAGUUUUCUGUGGCAAUGAUACAUUUUCUUCUUUUUGAGACGUUUGCAUUGACCACCGUUAACAUUUUCCUAUUCUGGUGUGGACAGUUAAUGUUAUAAUUUGCAUAUUAAUUACAUAAAUUUAACAGUGUGUGUAUAUACAGUGAAGAUUGCUUGGUUUAAGUGGAGUUAAUUGGUAAGUAGCAGGUAAAAUGGGGCUGUAAAAAUAAAGGGUUCUUUCAUUAUGUGUUGGUUCUCUGCUCACAUUCACUUAUUUCUGUUUUUAUUAAUGGAGUCAUCAUUUAAGUUUUUCUAGAGUAAUGUUUGCUUCUUUUUUAUUGUUUCUUUAUAUGGAAAUACAGACGAAUGAAAACAAAGUA